UCCGGGGCAGUGGCGGCGGCAAGAUGGCGGCGCCCAUGGAGGUGGCCGUGUGUACGGACUCGGCGGCGCCGCUGUGGAGCUGCGUCGUGUGGGAGCUGCACUCGGGCGCCAACCUGCUCACCUACCGCGGCGGGCAGGCCGGACCCCGCGGCCUGGCGCUGCUCAACGGCGAGUACCUGCUGGCGGCGCAGCUGGGCAAGAACUACAUCAGCGCCUGGGAGCUGCAGCGGAAGGGUGAAAGUCCGCGGCCCGGGAGACUCAUCCCUGUAUUGCCCCACAAAAGAGACGCUGCCCUUCGGCAUAAGGGCUCACGGUUUCCCCUCCUAGAGAAACCCCAAAAGGCAGCCCCCGGAGCUGCUGGCCGCCCCUUGCCUCACGCUGACGUCUUUCGGGACCAGCUGCAGCAGAAGAUCAUGUGCCCUGGGCCUGUCACCUGUCUGACCACGUCGCCCAACGGCCUCUACGUUGUGGCGGGGAUCGCUGAGAGCAUAUACCUGUGGGAGGUGUCCACGGGGAACCUUCUGGUCAUCCUGAGCCGCCACUACCAGGACGUGGCGUGCCUGCAGUUCACGGGGGACAGCAGCCACUUGCUGUCGGGGGGCAAGGACUGCCUGGCGCUCGUCUGGAGCCUCUGCAGCGUGCUGCAGGUGGACCCGUCCAGGACCCCAGCCCCCCGGCAUGUCUGGUCCCGCCACACCCUCCCCAUCACAGACCUGCACUGUGGCCUCGGGGGGCCCCUGGCCCGGGUGGCCACCGCCUCGCUGGACCAGACAGUGAAGCUGUGGGAGAUCUCCUCGGGCGAGCUGCUGCUCUCUGUGCUGUUCGACGUGGCCAUCAUGGCCGUGACCAUGGACCUGGCCGAGCAUCACAUGUUCUGCGGGGGCAGCGACGGCUCCAUCUUCCAGGUCGAUCUCUGCACCUGGCCCGGGCAGCGAGAGAAGAGCUUCCAGCCGGAGCAGGACAGCGGGAAGGUGUUCAGAGGGCACAGGAACCAGGUGACCUGCCUGUCGGUGUCCACUGACGGCAGCGUGCUGCUCUCGGGCUCCCAUGACGAGACCGUGCGCCUUUGGGACGUCCAGAGUAAGCAGUGCGUCAGGACGGUGACCCUCAAAGGCCCCGUGACCAACGCCUGCAUCAUGCUGGCGCCCGUGAGCAUGCUGAGCUCCGACUUCAGGCCCAGCCUGCCGCUGCCCCGCUUCAACAAACACCUGCUGGGCGCCGAGCACGGCGACGAGCCGCACCGCGGGGGCCUCACGCUGCGCCUGGGCCUCCACCAGCAGGGCUCGGAGCCCAGCUACCUGGAGCGCGCGGAGCAGCUGCACGCGGUGAUGUGCGGGACCAUGGAGAAGAAUGUGCUGGGCGGCCAGGACCAGCUGCGCGUGCGCGUGACGGAGCUGGAGGACGAGGUGCGGAACCUGCGGAAGAUCAACCGCGACCUGUUCGACUUCUCCACGCGCAUCAUCACGCGGCCGGCCAAGUGAGCGCGGGCCGGGCUCGCCCCGCCCGCGUCGUGCGCACUCUCACCCCGCGGGGUCGUCUCGUCUCAGUGCUGACCCGCUGGUGUGUGUCACGUGGUGCUGUGUGUUUUUAACAAAAGCUCCUCUCGCUGG